AUGACUCAGGGUCACCCCCUGGUGCUGUUUCCUAAAUGGCUUCCAAAUCUUGUCCCCUUCCCCCCAGCCCGGACAGAUGGCCCCACGCCAAGUGCCGCAUCAGCUCCCCUGGAGGGAUGCCCACCCCUUCUUCCUCCUGUCUCCGCUGAUGACCCUUCUCAGCCGGGCCUGGAGCCGGCUGAGGGGCUCAGGACAUCUAAAGCCCUGGCUGGUGGAAGCAGUACGGGAUGCAGAUCAGGGAGCGGCUGGCCUGCAGGGAGAAGCUGAGGCUGCUUUGGCCACUUGCUAUGCCCCUGGGGGCGGGCACCCAUCAGGGGUGGCCGAAGGCAGUGGAGACGCCGUGGAGAGUGGAGGAGAAUCAUCCUGGAUGGCCUGCCCUGCCUUAAAAGCUAACAGUUCCCUUCUUCAAGCCUGGGAACUUCCAGAUGACUGUGAUGAAGAGUAUGGUGGGGAAGAAGCAGCCAGUGGCCCCACAGAACAGGAAAGUGAAUACGUAGAUGGCCAGCCUGCUCCCUCGUCCCCCAGCCUCUUGAAAACCCUUCGAGACCCUCCUGGGGAAGAGGAAUCUGAAGACGGAGGAGUUGCUGAAGAUAAAGCCAUCAUGUUCUCUUUCCCUCCAUCACACUGGGGGAGUUGCCCAGAGAUGGAGGAGGAGGGGGAUGGAGAAGGUGUAAGUAAAGAAACUCCCAGCGCAUCUACUUCCCCCUUAUCUCUGGGACCCAAGCCCAGAGCUUGGGUGUAUUGUGCAGGGGAGGCAGAGGCUCCAGCCAAGGAGGAAGGAAGAACAGAGAAUAAAGAAGCCAGGAAGACCUCCACUUCCUCUUCAUUUGCAGGCUCUCACCCCAUCGCCUGGCAGUGUUGUUCAGGAGAGGAGUCUGAGGAGGAGGGAGAAGCUAAGGGUCCCUCCUCCAUCCCCCCAACAAGCACCUUCUUGAGGGCCUGGGUGUACAGACCAGGAGAGGACACAGAGGAUGAGGAGGAGGAAGAAGAGGAAGACAGUGAUUCAGGAGCAGCUGAGGAGGAGGAAGAAGCUGAGGGUCCCUCUUCCAUCCCCCCAACAAGCACCUUCUUGAGGGCCUGGGUGUACAGACCAGGAGAGGACACAGAGGAUGAGGAGGAAGAAGAGGAAGACAGUGAUUCAGGAGCAGCUGAGGAGGAGGAAGAAGCUGAGGGUCCCUCUUCCAUCCCCCCAACAAGCACCUUCUUGAGGGCCUGGGUGUACAGACCAGGAGAGGACACAGAGGAUGAGGAGGAGGAAGAAGAGGAAGACAUGGAUUCAAGAGCAGCUGAGGAUGAGGGAGAAGCUGAGGGUCCCUCCUCCAUCCCCCCAACAAGCACCUUCUUGAGGGCCUGGGUGUACAGACCAGGAGAGGACACAGAGGAUGAGGAGGAAGAAGAGGAGGACAGCGAUUCAGGAGCAGCUGAGGAGGAGGGAGAAGCUGAGGGUCCCUCUUCCAUAUCUUCUGCAAGUGCCUUCUUGAGGUCUUGGGUGUACAGACCAGGGGAGGACUCAGAAGAUGAUGAUGAGGUGAAUGAGAAAGAUGGUUUAGAAGAAGCAGCUGGCUCAGAGCCAGGUUCUUCCAUUCAGGCCCAGAGUUCCUUCUUCAGGGGCUGGAGAUCUGCACCUGGAAAGGAGACAGAGGGAGGAGAAGCUGAGCCUCACCCCUUCCGAGUGGCCAUCUAUUUACCUGGAGAGAAGCCACCACCUCCCUGGGCUCUUCCUCGGUUGCCUGCCCGACUGCAAAGGCGGCUCAAGUCUGCAGAAACCCCCACCCGGCAUCUAGACCCUGAGACUCCCCAAAAGACCACCAAGGUGCGCUUCUCCGAGAAAGUCUCCGUCCACUUCCUGGUUGUCUGGGCUGGACCCGCCCAGGCUGCCCGGCAUGGCCCCUGGGAGCAGUUUGCCCGGGAUCGCAGCCGCUUUGCUCGCCGAAUUGCACAAGCUGAGGAAGUGCUGGGCCCCUGCUUCACCCCUGCAGCCCGGGCCAAGGCCUGGGCACGUCUCAGGAACCCUUCCCCUCCUCUGGUUGCCACACCUGCCACGACCCAGGCCUUGCCCACAUCUUGUGUGCAGGCCACGCCCUUGAGCCAUACUGUGAUUUUUCCCUUCCCUAUUUAUGUGGCUCUGCCUCCUUGCCUAGACCUCAGCUGGAGGCGUGGCUAGGGUGAUGUUUGUGUUAUUCACUAUUUAUUUGUUUUUAUCAGCUGAUUUAAGAAAUAAAGCCUUUGGAUUUGUA